AGAUUUAGAAUAAAAUAAGAUGGUUCUUUUUGUUGACGGUGAAGCAAAGAGCGAUUCUACAUUUUUAGAUUUCGACAAAUUAACAAAAUUGCACCAAAUCUCUUCAAAGUUUGCUGGAGAAAAUGCGCGGGAAUUGUUUCCUCGAGACAAGUAUCUGUAUGUCGGUGAACAUGAAAUGGUGGCUGUAACCCAGGAUGACCUGAAUAUAGAAUUCAUCGGUAGUGAAGAUGCCACCACCUGCCAUAUAAUUAUAUUAAGAGAGAAGAAUUUGCUGAGCUGUGGCGUGGUUCAUAUAGGAACACAGAAUAUGAAAUUCUAUUCACAGAAUUCAGCUUUUUAG